AUGAUCUUAAAAAUGGCUACUCAAUCUACCAAACCACUUAUCGCCGAAACUGUUCGUUCAGUCUCCAGUACUACUGGUGCUGCUGCCGCUACUGCUAGUGCUGUCAGCUCUGCUCUCAAGCCAGACAUUCCAAACCCAAAUCCAUUCCCCUCGUUUUUCUUCUCACAUGGAGGUCCUACCUUUAUGUAUGAAAAUGACAAAGGUGCUUUCAAGACAGUCAAGAGAUUGGGAAAGAAAAUAAAAAAUGUAUGGAAGCCAGACUACAUCGUUGUGGUUUCUGCACAUUGGCAACUGACAGGCUCUAAGGCUAUCGAGAUUGCCAUUCCACCCGCCAGAAAUGGAGGAGACUUGGAGGAGAACGCCUUGGUUUACGACUUCUAUGGGUUCCCUCGCCACAUGUACAAGGAGCAAUUUCGUACCAUGAACUCCAGAUUCGUUUCAGGUGAGAUCCGUGACCGUUUGAAGAAGAACGGAUUCCAUGCUGACCUUACCAAGAGAGGAAUCGACCAUGGAGUUUGGGUACCAUUUAAGGUUGCCUUUUCCGAUUACAACACGUUGAAGCCAGCUCCAGAAGGCGUAGAUGUUGGACUAGAUUUGCCAGAAACCUCGCUUGUGCAAGUGUCGUUGACUGGAAACGAAAAAGACUUCGAUACCCACUACAAGUUGGGUGAAGUGUUGAGCUACUACAGAGACAACUUGAUCUGGGACCCCGUGAGAGAGAAGUAUUUGAAAGGAAUGGUGAUUGUGUCGGGAAUGUCUGUUCACAACUUGAGAGAUUUAGGCAGAGCCAUGUCAUACGGCAAGCCUAUGCCAUAUGCUGCAACUUUCAACAAGUUGCUCACAAAGACAAUGGUUAACACUCCCGAUUUGUUGGACAACUUGAACAAGAUCAAGACAGAGAACGGCUCGUUGCUUUUCCAGGCACACCCAACUUUGGAGCAUUUCGUUCCAAUCGUUGUUGGUGGAGGACUUCUCAAAGACCAUCCCGAUCAGCAGAUCAAGGAAGUAUUCAAUUCAGAGGAGCUUUCCUUGGGAUGGGGAAUCUAUCAAUUCGGAGAGGAUCCUAAGCUUUGA